UAUCAUAUCAUAUCGCGCAUUUCCUCAGUUAUUUUCGAAGGAAUCCACCGUUGCUUCACCAACUAAACUAAGCACUGUUUGUUUGGAUCAUUCUCAAUAUCUUCCCUCAAAAACCAUUACGCAAAUACCGUUUCGUUGUGAAAUGGAAAUGGAAAUGGAAAUGGAUGAUGGUAACUAUAUUAGAACAUUGGAGGAGUUCUGUAUUCCGAAUUACAUAUUAGUCGCAGGGUCUGAGGUAAGAAGUGUUUCGCAUGUACCAGCGUGUCCUGUUAUUGUUUUCAUAAACACCAAAAGUGGUGGUCAACUUGGAGCGGAACUUCUUGUUACCUAUAGUUCACUUCUUAACAAAAACCAGGUUUUUGAUUUGGGAAAAGAUGCUCCAGAUAAGGUGCUGCAUAGGCUUUAUGCUAAUUUGGAGAUGCUAAAGUACAAUGAAGAUAAUUUCGCGGCUGAAAUUCAGAACAGAUUGAGAAUAAUUGUUGCGGGUGGAGAUGGCACUGCAAGCUGGCUUCUUGGAGUAAUAUCUGACCUUAGAUUACCUCAGCCACCACCGAUUGCGACGGUGCCGUUGGGGACGGGAAAUAAUCUCCCUUUUGCAUUUGGAUGGGGAAAGAAAAAUCCGGCAACAGAUCUUCAGUCAGUGAUGUCAUUCCUAAAUGAAGUAAGAGCCGCAAGGGAAAUGAAAAUAGAUAGCUGGCAUAUUAUAAUGAGAAUGAAGGCUCCAAAAGAGGGUUCAUGUGACCCUAUUGCACCCCUUGAGCUGCCUCAUGCUAUGCAUGCAUUUCAUCGUGUCUCUUCAACAGAUAAACUAAACAUGGAGGGUUACCACACUUACCGUGGGGGAUUUUGGAACUACUUUAGCAUGGGAAUGGAUGCUCAAGUAUCCUAUGCAUUUCAUUCUGAGAGGAAGUUACAUCCAGAAAAGUUUAAAAAUCAGUUAUAUAAUCAGAGUGCCUAUAUGAAGCAUGUAUGUACACAAGGAUGGUUCUUUGCUUCUCUGCAUCAAUCUUCUUCACGGAAUAUUGCUCAGCUGACAAAGGUUAAGAUAAUGAAAAAGCAAGGUCACUGGGAAGAUCUCCACAUACCUCGGAGCAUACGAUCAAUAGUUUGCCUCAAUUUGCCCAGCUUUUCUGGUGGACUCAAUCCUUGGGGAAAACCAAACAGAAAGAAAUCAAUUUAUAGAGACCUGACUGUUCCCUAUGUGGAUGAUGGCCUAUUUGAGGUAGUCGGUUUUAGAGAUGCUUGGCAUGGUCUUGUUUUGUUUGCACCAAAUGGACACGGCACUCGUUUGGCACAGACAAGCAGAAUCCGUUUUGAGUUUCAUAAGGGUGCAGCUGACUCUACAUUCAUGAGAAUUGACGGAGAGCCAUGGAAACAACCCCUUCCAAAAGAUGAUGACACAGUUGUUGUUGAGAUAUCGCACCAUGGUCAAGUUAACAUGCUUGCCACCCCAUUGUGCCGUUCUAAAAGUAUGCAUGAUCCCUCCUCACCCAUGGUAAACCAGGAAGAAGAUGAUAGUAAUGAUGAAGAAUCACAAGAAGAUUGUGAAGAAAGACGCAAAUUUGGUGCAGCUGACACAUUCAAAUAUUCUGGUGAAAUUGAUAUAGCUCGUAUAAGUUAGUGUAAAGAGAGCAGUAGCAUUGCUCAGUGUUGGGUUGUACAAAGGCAAUUAUGGUAGAAAUGAAAGGGUGGGAAUGUAAUUAUCUUCUAUGUAUAUCAUUUUUCUUAAUUGUUUUUUAGGGUCCAGGCCUUUUGGGUUGUUUUUACAUUUCUUCAACUAAAUUUCAUGAUCAUAGUGAUGUUUGUAAAAUUAAACAUUUGUGGAUACUUUGACAUUCAAAUUGAAUAGACUCUAAUAUUUU